GGACGCUGAGGGAACGGAGGACGCCGCCGUGUCUCGCUGCACGAGGCCCCCCAACACCUCCCUGUUUGUCAGGAACGUCGCGGACGCCACCAGGCCUGAGGACUUAGGCCGUGCGUUCGGUCGACAUGGCCCUAGAGUAGACGUUUACCUUCCACUUGACUUCUGCACCCGCCGCCCAAGAGGAUUUGCUUAUGUUCAAUUUGAAGAUGUUCGUGGUGCUGAAGAUGCUCUUUAUAACCUCAAUAGAAAGUGGGUAUGUGGCCGUCAAACUGAAAUACAGUUUGCACAAGGUGAUCGCGAAACACCAGGCCAAAUGAAAUCAAAAGAACGUCACCCUUGUUCUCCAAAUGAUCAUAGGAGAUCAAGAAGCCCCAGCCACAGGAGAACUCCAAGUAGAAGUUCUUCAUGGGGAAGAAACAGGAGGCGGUCUGAUAGCCUUAAAGAGCCUCGACAUGGGCGAUUUUCUUCCAGCCAGUCCAAGUCUCGCUCCAAGUCACUCCCAGGGCAGUCCACCUCAGCAAGGCAGUCAAGAACCCCAAGAAGGAAUGGACCGUUAAGGUCCAAGUCCUUACAAAAAAUGUCCAAGUCAAUAGGAAAAUCACUAUCAAAUUCACCUCAAAAGCAGACUAGCUCAGGAACAAAAUCAAGAUCACACGGAAGACAUUCUGACUUCAUAGCAAGCUCCCCGCGUAAGUCUCCCAAAGGGUAUGCCAACUCUGAGACGAAAGCAGAGACAGCAAAACACUCUCAUUUUCGAUCAUAUUCCAGAUCUCAGAGUUACAGUCAUAAAAACAGUUGGUGA